GAUACUGUAUCUUCACACCAAAGGUUUCAGGCAUUAUGUCGAGUCUGGCAGACAAGCAGUUGAGAUAGCGCAGAACUGAGUUGUAAAAGUGCUUCCAUCAAUUACCUAAAUCUGUGCCGUCGCACUGAUGUUGUGAUUUGUUGCAGUGACAGAGAAGGCGGGGGAUUACAUCCAUUUGUAAGCAGAGUAAUCCCAGCUAAUCUGGGAUUCAGUUUCACUCUGCACUGAGGUGGACUGGACCUCACGGGGAAUAUGGAGAAGGAAAGAGUCUGGGGGAGGACUAGGUAUUUCUGAUGAAUGAUGUAUCUGCAGCUCCUUCUCCUCCUGGUGCAGUUUCAUCUCUUAAUCGUUGAUGCUUGCCCACCAUUAUGUGUCUGCAACACUGAGAAGACCGGAAGCGCGGACCUCAGGCUGGUGCAAUGCAGUGACCCCCGAAUCUCUACAGUGGCCAUCAAUAUCCCUGCUGACACUGUAAAGCUGCGCCUGGAAAAGACCCCUGUCUCCAGGGUGCCGAGGGCCGCCUUCUACAACCUCUCGCAGUUGCUUUUUCUGUGGUUAACGUACAACUCCAUUGCAUCAAUCCAUCCCAGUAGUUUUGUUAACCUGAAGGCUCUGCGAGAACUGCGGCUGGAUGGAAACUUGCUGUCCACCUUCCCAUGGGAGGGUCUGAAGGACAUGCCUCGUCUUCAGACACUUGGCCUCCACAACAAUCGCCUGUCUAACCUUCCAUCUCAUGCUGCACUGUUCCUCCACAACAUCACUUAUCUGGACCUUUCCAGCAACAGGAUGAUAGUCUUGUCUCCAGAGCUGCUGGAUCUCUGGUUUCCCCUCCCUGAGCAACGGCCUGGACGAGUCCGGAGAAGGAUAUUGGGUCUCCAUGACAACCCCUGGUUAUGUGAUUGCCAGAUUGCUCUGGUCAUGUCACUGUCCAUGUCCCUUGGAAGUCCAGUAGUUCUCAUGGAUCAGCUGCUCACCUGCAGGAAGUCCAUGGAUCAGUCAGUGUUCCCACUAAACCAUGCAGACCUAACCCGCUGUAUGAGGCCAUCCAUCCAGCCAGCUGCCACAAGAAUCAUAUCUCCACUUGGGAGCAACGUCAUUCUCCGCUGUGAUGCCACUGGCUACCCAACGCCUACUGUAACCUGGAUAAAAAUCUCUCCCUAUUCAGAUUGCUGCCGAAGAAACAUGAUUGACAGCUCAGAACAACUACCACAGAACUUAGCAAGUUUCAUGCAGGGAUCACCUCAAGUGGGUGUCCGCUGGUCGAUCAUCAGCUUAAAUGGGCUGUCGUACCGAGACGCUGGUGAGUAUAGAUGCCAGGCACGGAACAUGGCCGGCAUCACUGAGGCACCCAUUAAGCUCAAGGUGGCAGGAGUCAACCGUGGUUCCCGACCUCAGAAGAAACCUGGGAAGACCUUUCCUAAGUCACAAUCCAAGUACAGAAAGCCAAAAUGGCCAGUCGCUGCGCCAUCUAUCCUUUCAUCCAGGAACAAUCCAACAGCACAGGUUGUUUUUGCUCCUUCUCAGGAAAAGUCACUCUGAAUUAAAUGUUGACCUGCUGAAUAACACAAAACUAUUGUGAGCAAGAAGACUUAAUUCUUUUGGGAAUUUCAUCCUGGCGCCAGUCACUGAAACUGUUCUUUUUCUUUUGUAUAAAAUCUGACUGACAUUUGUGUGCCAUUUCUUUUAUGUACAUUUGAAAUUGAAUUUGAUAAGCCCAUCAAUGACAGUGCAGGAUAAACUAGGGUUUCCACCAAAGGCUUACACGUCUCAUGGAUGAUCUGCUUCAAUUCUAGUCAAUCGGAGGGUUUCAGAUCGUGACAGUGAUUUUCCUCCAUUAAAGUGUUACCAGUAGGUCUUAGUAUGAUAGCUUUCAGUGAACAUGCAAACUGUGCAAAAAUACAAAACAUUCAUUCUUUGUCUUCCUUUAAUUCCAACAAACACUGCCGUGCCAUUGAUAAUCUUUUCUGUGUAGUUUGAAAUGAUUCUAGUAUUGAAAAUGCUAGACAGCGGUUUAAACUCAAUCAGUGACUGCAAAACUUUCAACAACUAAUUCUUUUAUAUGUACUAUUUUGUGAUACAUAAAUGAUCACCAAUAAUCCAUCAGAAAAUAGAUAUUCUGACUCCUACACAGUCAUUUUCUGACGUUGAACUGUGUAUGUUCAGUCAUCAUUAGACUGCGCAGGGAGACGGUAGGGAGAAAUAUCUCACUUCCGCUGUUGUUGAGUCUUGCCUCUUGAGUCUUGACACUUGUUGCACACAGAAACACAAUGCUUCCAGAUGCUAAAUAACUAGCAUGCUUUCAAAUUGGUCACUGAUCACUCCAAGUCCCUGCAAUUGCACCGCUUUGUUGUAGAUCUCGCGUCAAUGGAGAAUCAGCAUCAGAAAAACUUCCAAGGGAAUUUUUGUGUUAUUUAAUGGUUGCAUUUUAAUAUUUAAAUAUUCAACCGUAAUUAUGAAGAUAGUGUGUUACAACAUGGAGUCAGAGAAUUUUAAAAAAAUGGAAAAACAAACAUGAGCCACCAUAGAAAAAGGCUCUAUUGUUGUUUCACCAACAUUAGACUUUGCUGCUGGGCAACACCCACAUCUGUGUUUCCUGGGGUGACCACUAGAGUCCGCCAUCGCUGCGACGGUAACGAUGAGUGACGUUCAGACAGUGAAAGGGACAAUAUGAGAAAAACGUUUCUGGUUAUGAGUUAUUUGCUCAUACAGUGUGCAUGUGUGUAGACCAUAUCUCAUGGAUGGGACUGCUCCAUGUGCAUGCACCAUUCCAAUACUCAUCCUGUAGCCAGCAUGUGGCUUGCAGACCAAUUUCCAAAUUGCUUGUGUGACUAUUUAGAUAUCCAAUGGACAAACCCUAAGCAUUCUUACAUCUGUGAAUCUUCUGAGAGUCUGGCUAUGGGACCUACAGGAAGGCCAUUUGUAAAACUCAGUCAGACAGAGUUCAGGUGGCAGUCUUUUGGUCCUCUUUCUCCCACCCCACAUGGAUCGGGGGAAUAGCCCAUGGGCAUUAAAAAAAUAUAUUUCUCUUCUUCUUGUCACGACAGCUGAAUCGGACUGGACGUUUGUUUGUUCUUGUUUGUUGUAUGUUAUGAGACAACGUUAUAGUAACAAUGGAUCUGAGUGGACAAAACCACCUAAUGGAUAACUCCAAAUAUAAAAAAUGUAAAUAAAACAGCUGCCCUUUUUUGAAAAUAGCAUCAGUGUCUUUUGUCCAGUUGAGAUGCUCAGGUGAACACCUAAGUACUUGUACUGCAUGACAAACCCCGCUCGAUGUCAGUACCCAGGAUGAUCACCGGUGUAGAGCUGGCGCCUCGAUGGGUCCACCACCAGCAUCACUGGGGGUGGUUUCUCAGGCACCAGUCCACAAAGUUCAGCGUCAGCUCCCUGCACUCUCCCACCAUCGCAGAGUCAUCAGAGGACUUCUGCAGGUGGCGCAGAAAAACAGAGUAAUGCAUUCAUAUUCUCCUGUCUGGACUACUGUGUCGACUAGUUGCGGUUUGAGGCACCGGCGAGUGGAAGGUCGGGGGGCGGGUCCACUGGGGAAACGGACAGGCAGGGCCGUCAAUGUUGUCUUGGUCUGCUUUUAUUUUGUCGCUAGUCAUCCUGUGUUCUGCCCUCUGUCUCCCUGAGAUUGAGUAGGUAAUGGCACACACACCUGGAGCCAAUGAACAAUCAAGCUUCCCCCUUGUUCACAACUGCUGCUGAAAAGCCUGCUGGUUCCAGUUUGCCAGAUGGACAUCAUUCCCAUGCUGGUAAUUUGGCCUCUCGUGUGUCUCCUCUUGUGUUCUGGUAUGUUCUUGUACUCAGCCGUGUGUUGGAUCACCACUUGCAUGUUUCACACCUGUAUUUGUUUUUAUUUGAUUUCGACUUAGAGUUUGACUACUUGUGUAUUGUUGGAGUGAUGGGCAAGUGAAUCCUAGUGAAGUACUGAGGCUUUCCUGACCACUGUGCAAAAGGUUCGAAGCUUCAAAACUUCAGUGGCGGUGACAUCUGGUGAACAACAGAAGCCAUAGCAACCUCUCCAGAACACCGGUUCAAUCCCAUCACAGUAAUAAAGAAAAGUCUGUGUGGCCCUUCAAGUGUUUUGUUCAUUCAUACCAAUAAUGUUUAUAUAAUCAUUACAGUCAAAUAUACAGAUGCUCUCCUGCAUACUCUAAAAAAGAUCCCAUAUUAAUGCAAAAAAUAAAAGCAGAAGGCACAGAUUAGAUAUUCCACCUACUAUGCAAAUGAUCAUGGUGUAUGGAUUCAGAAGCAUUGUACUGUCUCUGUGAUUUUUUAUUUUUUUUUUUCCAGGCUGACCAGCUCUCCAGCUUUGGAAAAUAUUCUUUUGCAUGUCUUCUGUGCCACCUGGUACUUUAGUGGAUCCUCGGCUCUUGUCAGGAUCUCUUCUUUUAAAUAUCUAUGACACUGACAGUAAGACAAUGAAUGACUGGAGAAAACCAACAAUGUUUCAACAGUGAUCAAGAUGCGCACCUCUGGAUCUCCACUGUAGCUCUGGUAGAUGCAUUGCUAGUGUGCCGCUGAGACUCUGCGUAAUGGUUGAGUAAACCCCACAAGUUAUAGUUCCUGUCUGCACUGGCAGAUGUUGUUGCAGUCUCCACUGGAACUUCUUCUUUGGCUAUUGCUUUUGACCCAGACACUCUUUUCUUCAGACUGUUUGACUGUUUCCACAUGGCCUUAAAACUGUCAGGUAUUGGUUGAUGGUUUCAUGUUCAUCUGCAUUGAAAGGGCUUAUGUCAGUAGCAAGAAAUGCUAGGGCUGCUCAAGGCUCUCUCUGCUCAUACAGCCUUGGAGCAUGCCAUAAGUGCUAUUCCAUCUCGUUUCAACCUCUUGAACAUGCUAUUUUUGGUUCAUGCCAAUGUUCGUUUGAAUAAAACACAACUUUUAUUUUGCCUUUGUACUGGACUUGAAGUGUCCCACUAUUUUGCGGGCCCUACUGCGCAUGUUUUCUGAGGGUGAUUUCAAUAUACAAUAUCGAUAUGAUACACAAUAUCAACA